CACCGGGCCAGACACCCUCACCCACGGGUGCCGGCUUGCCGAGGCUGAGGAGGCUGCGCCCAUGGGGUCCCAGCAUCUGCUGCUGGCCGCUGCGUACCUGCUGGGGACUCUGGUCACUUCCUGCCUCGGUUGGUUCAGCCUGGAGGACCCAGAUCUCCAGGUGAGGCUAACCGGCUCCAACUCCAGGUGCCAGGGCCAGCUGCAGGUCUUGAGUCACACCAGGGACCUGUGGCACUCGGUGUGCAGUGACAGCUGGAAGGGGGCGCUGCGCCACUGGGACGUCUCUCAGCAGGCCACCAGAUUCUGCCGGAAGCUGCGCUGCGGGGACUCCUUGGGCCUGACCACCUACUCUCGCUUCAACACACCCCAGAACCAGAUCAUCUGCCAUGGACCCCGGGUGUCCUUCUCCAACUGCAGCACAGACUCACCAUACAAGUGCCACCCGCUGAGCCUCGUCUGCUUAGAGCCCCAGACGACGACACCUCCACCCACAAGCCCCCCAACCACCAUGACUCCAGAGCCCACAGCACCCCCCAGGCUGCAGCUGGUGGCGGGUCCCCGGGGCCUGCGGUGUGCCGGCGUGGUGGAGUUCUACAGCGGCAGCGUGGGGGGCACCAUCAGCUACGAGAACCACCACGGGCUCCAGGGCCUGGGAGACCUCCUCUGCGGUGCCCUCCAGUGUGGCUCCUUGAAGCAGCCUCCCGAGGCCAAGGCAGUAGAACCCCAAGACCCAGGAGAGCGCUGGGCACGCAGGCUCUUGCCGAUUCGAUGGCAAAUCCAGAACUCCAGCUGCGUCUCCCUGCACCAGUGCUUCAGGAAAACCCCGGCCCAGGAGGGCGGCCAGGCUCUCAGCCUGGUCUGCUCAGAUUUCCAGCCCAAGGUCCAGAGCCGCCUGGUAGGGGGUGGCAGUGUGUGUAAGGGCACUGUGGAGGUGCGCCAGGCCACCCAGUGGGCAGCCCUGUGUGACAGCCAUGUGAGCAGGGGCCCAGCUCGGUGGGCGGAGCUGUGCCAGGAGCAGAAGUGCAACGGCCUCGUCUCCUACCACACGCUGGACGCCAGUGAGACCUCCAGCGGGUUCUCCUGUCCCCAGGAGAAGCUGUCCCAAUGCCACGAACUUCAGGAGAAAAAAACCUUCUGCAAGAGGGUGUUUGUCACAUGCCAGGACCCCAACCCUGCAGGCCUGGCUGCAGGCACCGUGGUGAGCAUCAUCCUAGCCCUGGUGCUCCUGGCCGUGCUGCUGGUCGUGUGUGGCCCUCUCGCCUAUAAGAAGCUGGUGAAGAAAUUUCGCCAGAAGAAGCAACGCCAGUGGAUCGGCCCCACAGGAAUGAACCAGAAUAUGUCUUUCCAUCGCAACCACACUGCGACCGUCCGGUCCCAGGUCGAGAACCCCACAGCCUCCUGUGUGGAUAAUGAGUACAGCCAGCCCCCCAGGAACUCCCACCUGUCGGCCUAUCCAGCUCUGGAAGGGGCCCUGAAUCGCUCCUCUGCCCAGCCUGACAACUCCUCUGACAGCGACUAUGACCUGCACGUGGCUCAGAGGCUGUAGAAGCUUUUGGCGGACACAACAUCUUUGUAUGUGGUGCUGAGGAUCGAACCCGGGCCGCACGCAUGCCAGGUGAGCGCGCUACCGCUUGAGCCAUAUCCCCAACCCGGAAUCGCGGAUCUUAAAUCCAACUCAGAAGACAACGCAAAAAGAUCCCUGCGUGGAGAAGCCCCUGGCAGCAGGACAGCCGCUGUCCCAAGACUGAGCUGGUGUGGGCUUUCCCCCACCGCCCCCAACUCCUGUCCUUCUCACCCCAAAGAACUGGGAACCAGGGACAAAAAAAAAAAACCUAGAGCCAGCCGACCUGUCCUAAGGAAAUGAUCGUCACCACUUGGAAGCGAUGCCCCCGUUUCCACUCCCAGCAGGACUUGGCCUGGACAGAGACUGGGGUGCCUUUCCCACACGUCUUCUGCCCUCCAUGGCAGGCCAGCUCUCAGCCCCGCUCACCCCCAGGCCCUGACCCAGGGGAAGCCAGCUGCAACAGCUUGGCACCUUCCGGGCACCAUCGCGGUGAGAAGAUGGCACCCAGAGGCGAGCCCUUCCAGGCAGACUCGGGGUGUCCAGAAGGGUCCUGUUUCCUAAGCCUGGGCAGCCCCUUCCUCGUCCACUGGGGUGCAGCACUGAGUAGAAUCUGGCCUUUUCCUUGGACUCUGGCCACGUGAAGAACGGGGAGGAACUCACACGUGGUGGGAGGCUGUUUCUCUGUGUAGUUUAAAUCUGUUCUUUGUAAAUAAUGCUUUUUCUACUUCCUGAGAA